CCUGGGACUCGCUGAGGCCAUAAAUAGCCCUUGGAGGUGGCCCAGCCCUCUUCAGUGCUUGGGAAAAGAUGGAGGUGGGCUCGAUGAUGGCAUCUGGGCCGUUAAGGGCCGAGGCAAGCUCUCUGAGACCCCUGUGCAGGAAUUUUGCCCGUGGAUCCUGUCGGUGGGGCCAGAGCUGCCGCUUCUCACACGACAGAGAAUCAGCCCGGGUCUGCAGGUACUUCCAGCGUGGGUUUUGUCGUUAUGGAGAGCAGUGCAGCUACCAGCACAUCCUGGAGGGGCCAGCACCGGUAGGGACACAAUAUGGCCUGAUGCCUCACUGCCACUGGGGCCAGGAGCCUGGCACUGAGCCCACAGCCGUGGACUGGGACCAGGGGGGAGCCCAGUGCACCACAGCCCGCAGCAAGACGUGUGUGGCCUUCAAGUUCCCCAAAGUGGAGGUAGAAGUGGAAGAGAAAGACAAGAAGAACAUCCCAGCACUUGCUAACAUCCCCCGUGGGGCCAUCAGUGGAGAAUUUGUCCCCACAAAAGCUUGGGGUGCCUCAGGCUUCCAGCCACAAGGGCCAGCACUGGAUCCAGGCUCCUCUGACCCCAAAAAGGCAGUUUUGGAUACAGCAACACAGACUGACCCUGCAAAGGUCCCUGCAGAGCCAGGUGCUGAGGCAGCCCUGCUCACCAGUGCAGCGCUGAGAGCCCGGAGUGAGGCUGUGGUGUGUGGCAUCUGCAUGGACAGGGUGUACGAGAAGCCGCUGCCCGAGGAGCGGCUCUUCGGGAUCCUCCCGAACUGCAGCCACGCGUACUGCGUGGGCUGCAUCCGCAAGUGGCGGCGCAGCCGGGCCUUCCAGAGCGCCGUCAUAAAGGCCUGCCCAGAGUGCCGGAUCCCCUCCAGUUACUACAUCCCCCACAAAUACUGGAUCUCAGAUGUGGCUGAGAAGGAGCAGCUCAUCAGAGCCUUCAAGGCACGGACAGGGAAAAUCAGGUGCAAAUUCUUCCUCCGUGGCCACUGCCCUUUCAGGUCAGAGUGCAUCUACCUGCACGAGCUGCCUGCCAGCUGGCUGCGGCGGCACAGGCAGCGGCAGCUCAGGAUGCCCACUGUGUUCAUCCCUUCUUCCUCGGAGAGCUCUGACGAGGAGGAUGAGGAGCUCUGCACGGUGGAGUGGGCUCUUACCGUGGCCACGCUGGAGGCAGAAUUUCCCCACUCAAGUUAUGGCCACGAGAUGUUUCUCAUUGACUUCAGUGAUUCCGACUGAGCCGUGGGGACCGCGCUGGGCCUGGGUUCUGCUGGUGGCCUGGACAGCAGUGUCUGUUUUGACUCCUGCCGUUGUUUUGGGGUGGCCCGAGCCGUGGGGUAUUGCAGGGAUGGGGUGGGAUGGGGAAGCAGUCUGUCUGGCAUUAGUGGGUGCACCGGGGGAGACUCAGGGCACAGCCCCCCCCUGCUCUUGCCGUGGUGCCCACUCUGCACCCGUGGGACACCCACGGGCGGGGUGGGCUGGGUGCUGGGAAGCAGCAGGGGGGGUCUGACAUCCACAAGAGGGACCGGGCAGCAGGGGUGCACUGU